AUGCAACCAGCUCUUCGGGAUCUGAGUCUGAACGUGGUGUUAUUGUUGUCACUGGUUUGGUUAUCCGAUCCCAUCCUGUGUGGUCCGAUCCCACCUAUCCCCGGAGUGAGCGAAAAUCCACUCACUGUGAAUGAAUCGAACAAACGAGAAAAUGUAGCCUCUGCAAAAUCACUGGUUGUGCCAGAACCCCAAACCGAUGCGCAACCACGUGGCGUGAUAAGAUUUCCCUGGCCACAACCACAACCAGUCCCCUUACCACAACCGGUACCUCAACCACAACCAGUCCCCUUGCCACAACCAGUCCCGUUGCCACAACCCGUACCUCAACCGCAACCAGUCCCGUUGCCACAACCCGUACCUCAACCACAACCAGUUCCGUUACCACAACCCGUACCUCAGCCACAACCAAAUCCGUUGCCACAACCCGUACCACAACCGAUACCUUGGCCUCAACCACAACCCAUCUCACAACCUCAAACCGUGUCUCAACCCCAAAUAGUGAUGUGGGAACAAUCGAUGCCUCAAUCGUUGUCUCAAUCAGUUUCUGCUCCCCAGUCAACGGAGACAAGUCAACCAACGGAAUUCAUCUUUCACUGA